AUGUGUUGUCCCAUACAAAAGGAUAUCGAUAUAACAUUUAAUUUAUUUACCAGGAACAAUCCGAAAUUGCCACAGCAACUGGUAAUUGAUGACAUUUUAUCAAUACGUAAUUCAUAUUUAGAUCCAUCAAAUCCUACCGUUUUUUACGUACACGGUUUUACGGAAAGAGCCAUGGGAUUAAGUGCAAGAACUGAAAAAAAUUUUGCAAAAAAAUACCAAACGGGAAACGUGAAUAUGAUAGUAGUCGAUUGGGGUUCGCUUUGUUCGUUUCCUUAUUACGCUGCUGCCGUUAAAAACACUAGACUCGUUGGUAAAUACUUGGCACGUUUUUUAAAAUUCCUACACAAUUCUCGUGUAAUACCCAUCGAUGACGUACACUUAAUUGGAUUUAGUCUCGGAGCCGAAGUUGCCGGAUUUACCGGAAAAGCUCUUGGAAAAAAUGUUUUACCACGAAUCACAGGUUUGGAUCCCGCUUUUCCUCUUUACAUAUUCCAGGGUGAUGUCGGUCACUUGACAAAAACCGAUGCUAAAUUUGUCGACGUCAUACACACGGACGGUGGAGUUUUCGGUUUUCCAAAUCCUAUAGGUCACGUUGAUUUUUAUCCCAAUGGUGGUGUAGCUCUUCAACCGGGAUGCAGAUUGAGUCAAUUAUCCAGACGAGACAUUUUCUUUCUUCUCCAAAUAGUUGCUUGCAGUCACAAUCGUGCAUGGGCAUAUUAUGCAGAAUCCGUUAACAACGAAUAUGCAUUUCCAUCUUAUAGUUGUUCAAGUUUUGAUAAUUUUAUGAAAAACGAAUGCAAUAAUUCUUUCGUCGAACCCGCUUUCAUGGGUUACGUUGCACAUCCCAAACAUCACGGAAAACAUUAUUUAUUGACAAACGAUCGUCCGCCAUUUGGAUUGAAAUUUGUUUAA